AUGCUUCCCCCAGUCGAGGAGUCAGUCCUCCAAAACAACCCCGACUUCGCGGCGCUACAUCACACCCUGACAACAGCGAUCCUCAACCCAGACGGAUCCUCGAAGAAGCCUUAUACAAAGGAACAGUCCGCAAUCCAAAAUGAAUUAGCAGACCACACCUACACAACAUCAAAAACCCACCUCCUAACAUCCGCCCUCUCGACAACAGCCCCUCCCGAGCCGAAACAAACCCAACGCUCCCUCCGCCCGCGACAACCAUCAGAACCGCAGCCCUCCUCAACAACACCGCCCCUCCCCGAACCGCUCCUAGACCUCCUCCUCCUCCUCCCGCCGCUCCUCACAAACCCGGAACCCCUCAGCCCGGAAUCCGCCACGAUCCUCCUCUCCAACCCGCCCUUCACCGAACUCCAGUCCCUCCUCCCCCAGCUCGGCGAGCUCGUCUCCUCGACCCUGCACACCUCGGCCGUCUCCCUCGCCCGCAUCGCCAACCCCACCACGAACCCCUCCUUCCUGCACCGCACCGUCCCCGGGCUGAACGCGACCUACCACAAGCUCGAAUCCGACGUGCGCGAGGCCAAGUACGCGCUCGCGAGGGAGCGGCUGCGCGCCGCGGCGAGCCUGACGGGGCUGCUGGAUAAGCACGCGGGUGCGCUGACGCUGCUGGUGCGCGCGCUCGAGGCCAAGCACGGAUUGGUCGCGCGCAGUCUCGAGUUCCGCGCCGCCGAGACGGCGCUGGAGGCGCAGAGGGCCGAGGCGGAGGUCGUUGCUGCGAGGGAGGGCGUGAGGAGGGAGGUGUACUCGCCCGAGAUGGUGUCCGCGCUGACAAACUACGAGGCGCAUUUGAGGGACGCCAGGAUGAGGUUGGAGAGCACGGUGUCUACUCUGAGGGCGGAGUUGGAGGGGUACGGUGUUGGGGUUGGGGAUGAGGGGAAGGAGAGGACGAUGAGGGAGAUUGCGAGGAAGUAUCGUGAGUUGGAGAGGGAAAGAGACGAGGCUAGGAGGGAUUUGGAACGGUUGGAUGGGGCGUAG